UAUAUAUACACUGAAAUAUAUGUUUUCCAUUCAAACAUUUUUGGCUCAAACAAAAACCUCUGAAAAAACUGAAGAACAUAUAUAUCCUCCCACCAAACAAACAAAAAUAACCAUGGAAGAAAAUCAACAAGAAGCUUCAUCAAUGCCACUAGUUCCUAUAGACAGUUUCUCUUACAGUUGGGUAGUCAACUGUUCUUCUUUGGAAGCUUCUAUUGAUGAUCAUCAUCAAACCUACGAAGAUUCUUCUUCUUCCUUCAUAGAGAUGGACCCAAGAUUGCCUCCUUCUAGAAGAUUCUUCAUCAACAAAGCCCACGAAAGUAGCUUCAAGUUUGAUAACUUUGUCUCUUUCUCCGACGAAGAUAACUCUUUAGUUCACGCGGACGAGCUUUUCCGUGACGGCUACGUCAUGCCUUAUCUAUCAAAAGCCACGUCAGCAGCUACGGAAGAAGAAUAUGAGCAGUUGGAUGCGAAAUCGGAGAAAAAGAUGGAGACACGUGACAUUAAGAGCAAGUCCCCUUCUUCUUGUAGAAAGUUGAGAAGAGUUUCGAAAUGGGUUUUGUUGUUUUUGACGCCAUUGUGUAAAAGAUUAAGGAGAUGUAGAACCGCUGGAUCAUCCGGAGGGAUCGGUACCGACUCUAGGAUCCGUCUAACGACGUUGUCUAGAAGCAGAGUUUAUUCAGAUGAAAUGACUUCGUCGCCAAGAAUAAGUGUUGCAGAUGAUUAUUAUUGGAGAAGAUCUUGUGACUCAGAGAGCUCCAUUUACGAAGCCGUUCUUCAUUGCAAGAAAUCUUUCGAGAAAUGAGACUUAAGAAUCCAUGGAAAAGGAGCAGGUAGAGUAGAGAUGGAGAAUAUUAAGCUUAAGAAGAAUAAGCAAAUUGCAUUACACGUUACACAUGGAGUGGCGAAGAGAGAGACAGAGCAACUUGUGUUGUGUCUUUUGUUGUUUCUCUCUCUUGAAUUAAAAAGACUGAUGUGAUGAUUCCAUGUGAAUGUCUCACUGAUGUGAAUCAAGAAUUUAUCUUCUUUUUUACAUGAGUAGGCACAUAUAUAGAGCAGCUAGCAGAAUCAAGAAAAUGUUUUCAGAUUUUCUUGGCUGUUAUAGUUCCUUUUCUAUAAUUCAAUCCUAUAUGUAUCUUAUAUGUGCCUACCCAUGUUUUACUUUCUGGUCCAAUUGUGUUUUGAAUAUUCUUACUUUUUGUGAAAAAAUUGUCUUUUAUUGUUUUGUAGAUCAUAUGUGUAUGUCAUCAUAUAUAUGAUUGAACUCCUUUUCUUA